AUGCCAGUCUACGACAUGACCACCUGGAAGCGUCUCGAUACCCCGAGUUCCGGGAGUCAAUUGGUGUUGACUUUUGAUGAAAAAACUGGAAAAACCAAGUGCCGCAAGGAAAAACUUCCGGAGAAAGUUCCAGAAUUUUCCUAUGAAGACCUCAAGAAAUGGGGUCAAUCGAAGCCGAAGGAAGUGAAGACCACUCCGAAGAUCACUCCGAAGGCAACUCGCAUCCGAACUCCGGCUCAGACUCUUGAUGAAAAAACUGGAAAAACGGAUUGCGUCGAGGUGAAAUCGGGUGAAUCGAAGCUGGAGGAGGUGAAGACCACUCCGAAGUGGACGCCAAAGAAGAAAAAGAAGAAAAAGAAGGCCAAUAAGUGGUUGUAA